AUGGACACCAACAUGGAAGAUGUUGGCGCAAAGCCAGAGCACCCUAUGACUGCGCCCUCCGACCCGCCCUCAAUCCCUACCCUCGACGGCUGGAUCGAGAGCUUGAUGGCCUGCAAGCAGCUGUCCGAGGCCGACGUCCAGAGACUGUGUGAGAAGGCAAGAGAGGUUCUUCAGGACGAGUCCAACGUCCAGCCUGUCGUAUGUCCAUCUUCUCUCUGCUACCGCUCAGCCAUUCUCUCGAGCUGA